AUGACUGAGUGGUUGAUCUUCCCAUCCGGAGAUGCCGCAAAGCUCGAGCGUCGUCUACCGCCAGUCACGCCAGAAGGGCGUGGGAGUGGAGGGGUUCCCGUGCGGGCGGAGGAACCCGAGGGGGGGUCGGCGGCGGCAUCACCACCAACAGGCGGAAAGAACACCACACCGGCCGCUCGUCCCUUCGUGACGUUGACGUUUGCUACCUCGCUCGACUCCUCCCUGGCGCUAGCCCCAGGCGUUAGGACUGCCAUCUCGGGCCCCGAGUCCAAGGCCAUGACGCACUUUUUGCGCAGCCGCCACGACGCCAUCCUGGUGGGAGCGGGAACGGCCGUGGCUGACGACCCGGGGCUCAACUGUCGCCUGGCCGCCUCACCCCGCCGCGGCGCCCGGAGGCCAGAGCACCAGCCGCGCCCUGUAGUCGUGGACCCGCGCGGCCGUUGGCACUUCUCGGAAGAGAGCAAAGUGAUGCGAUUGGUAGAUUCUAGUGCCGGUCUGGCUCCUUUCAUCAUCAUCACCCCUGCCGCCCUUGACGAGGUCCCAGCCGAGAGAAGGGCCGUACUGGAAAGCCGCGGCGGAAAGUAUAUAGUGCUGGGGCAAGACCAGGUACAGAGCCACAUGGCGGGCGCGGAGGGCCCCAACACGGGGGUUUGGGAUUGGUCUGGCAUAUUAUCCGUCAUAUAUGCGGAAGGGAUUCAGAGUCUCAUGAUCGAGGGUGGUGGCGGCGUGAUCAACACGCUCCUGGAGGGCCAGCGCAACAGGGCAUUGGUGGACUCGGUCAUCAUCACCAUCGCCCCAACCUGGCUUGGCCCAGGCGGGGUCGUUGUGUCCCCGGCUAGGGAGCUCGACGCCAAUGGCGUCCCAGCUCCAGCCCUGCGACUCGCCGACGUGUCGUGGCACCAACUUGGCGACGACAUGGUGCUUUGCGGGAACAUGGGGUGCUGA